GCAAGGGCUUAGUUCCAGAAAUAAAGCAAAGCUGAGGUUCUUAAUAGUAGCAGGUGAUGGCAGGACUGGAUAAUUUGCUCAGUGGGUUUUGGGCUACGUUCCCUUAGUUACCUCCUAGCCAAGUGCCCGAGACUGAGCUAGGGUGGAGCCUGGAAUGACGCUCAGGUGGUCCCCGCUGGGGGGAUGGCAACAGGCCAGGAGCAGUAGCCUGCAGGGAGCUUCGCCAGUGUCCCCCUCUGGUCCUGAGUCCACUUGCUUCUCUGCGUCCACUGGACCCACGGCUGGAAGGGCUUGACCGCCUCCUCGCUCUCCUGUUGGGCUGCUGGUUCUGGACUCGAACUCCAGGACCCGAGGGCCUUAUGCAAUGACCUCUACCACAGGCUCUGGGAUCAGAAUAUAUACAGCUGCUUAAAGUUUCCCGCUUACGUCCCAGACAUUCCUCCAGUUACGAGUUGACACCGUGAACACCAACCCACCCAGCUCCAUCAGAGGCAGACUUGGGCUGAAGGAAGAGUGGAAAUGUGCUUCUGGAGAAAGCUUUCUGUAUUCUGGGUGCCAUUGUUCCUUCUACUCAGCCUGAUUCCCUUGACUGAGACAGAAAAACCCUCAACUCCAGACAGCAGCGGCACUUGGAGUCCAGGGCAACUGACGGAAAUUCUACAUGUUCUCUCUGCACAAGAGCCCACCCCCCUGAACCACUCGAGAAGCCUCAUCAGAACUCUGCUAGAGAAAACCGGGUGCCCACGGAGGACAGAUGGAAGGCAAGGAGAUUGCAAUCUGUGCUUCGAUCCAGAUGCCCUGUUACUAAUAGCUGGAGGAGAUAUCGAGGAUCAGCUCAGAGAGGAAGUGGUCCAGAGAGUUUCUCUUCUCCUCCUCUAUUACAUCAUUCAUCAGGAAGAGAUCUGCUCUUCCAAGCUCAACAUGAGUAAUAAGGAAUAUACAUUUUACCUACACAGCCUUCUCAGCCUCAGGCAGGAUGAAGACUCCUAUUUCCUUUCACAGAAUGAGACGGAAGAUAUCCUGGCUUUCACCAGGCAGUACUUUGGCACUUCCAGAAGCCAGUGUAUGGAAACCAAAGUGCUGCAGAAAAAAUCUGGUGUCUCAAGCAGUGAUGGUGCCGAUGAAAAUACACUUCCUCAGUUGGCGGAGACAAUCAUUGCUUUGUCCCUCCAAGGUGUUUGUCUGGGACAAAGAAACUUGCCGUCCCCAGACUAUUUUACAGAAUAUAUUUUCAGUUCCUUGAAUAGUACAAAUACUCUCCAUCUAUCAGAACUAGACCAACUCCUCAAUACUCUCUGGACUAAAAAUACCUGUAUCAGAAAAGAUAGAAUCCAUCAACUUCAAAGGAAACAAAACAACCUAACAAUCCAUGAUUGGGCCUACCCUAAUCUAUCUGUAUCCGAGGACCCAGAAUCAGAUGACAGUCCAAUUUCCUGGGAUCAGACUUGCUUCUCUGCUGGACAAUUGGUGGAGAUAUUUCUACAGAACAAGCUUUCAGCCAUUUCUAAGGAGGACUUUAAGCAAAUGAGUCCGGGAAUCAUCCAGCAAUUACUGAGCUGUUCUUGCCAGCUGCCCCAGGACCAACAAGCAAAGCUGGCACCCCCCACUCCAGAGAAAUACGGCUACAGCACCAUGGCAGUAACGCUGCUCACGCUGGGCUCCAUGCUCGGGACGACCCUGAUCCUUUUCCACUGCUGCGAGGAGAACUACAGGCUCAUUUUACAGCUGUUUGUGGGUCUGGCUGUUGGGACACUUUCUGGGGAUGCUCUUCUGCAUUUGAUCCCUCAGGUUCUUGGUUUACAUAAGCAGGAAGCCUCAGAGUUUGGACAUUUCCAUGAAAACAAGGGCCAUAUUUGGAAACUGUUGGGAUUAAUUGGAGGCAUCCAUGGAUUCUUCUUAAUAGAAAAAUGUUUUAUUCUUCUUGUAUCACCAAGUGCCGAGAAAGGCCCAGAAGAUGCACAGGCAGCUGAAAUUCCUAUAGGCAGUCUGAACGCCCCCAACAGAAAAUGCAAAACCAUUAGCUUGUUAGCAAUAAUGAUCCUGGUUGGGGACAGCCUGCAUAAUUUUGCAGAUGGUCUAGUCAUAGGAGCGGCCUUCUCAUCUUCAUCAGAGUCAGGAGUGACCACAACAAUUGCUAUCUUGUGUCAUGAAAUUCCCCACGAAAUGGGAGACUUUGCUGUGCUCUUAAGCUCUGGACUUCCUAUUAAGAUUGCCAUCCUGAUGAAUUUUAUAAGUGCUUUAACUGCCUUCAUAGGACUGUAUAUUGGCCUCUCGGUAUCCACAGAUCCAUGUAUUCAGAACUGGAUCUUAACAAUUACUGCUGGGAUGUUCUUAUAUUUGUCCUUGGUGGAAAUGCUUCCUGAAAUGACUCAUGUUCAAACACAGCGACCGUGGUUCAUGUUUCUCCUGCAGAACUUUGGACUGACCCUAGGUUGGCUUUCCCUCUUACUCUUGGCUAUAUAUGAACAAAAUAUUAAAAUAUAAGUUGAGUCUCAAAAUCCUUCAAAAAUCAAUUUCUAUGGCAGUCAUUUUGUUUCUUUUGUUGUAUUCUAUAGUGAUUUAUAAAUUAAAUAUUUUUAUCUUAGGUGAAGUGUGUGUCUUUUAGUUCAUUAACUUACUGAUUUUAUAAUGCAAUUUUGUUUCUAUAGUGUAUAAAUGUCAGGUUGUACUUAAUUGAAUUUUUGUUGUUAGUUUCCAACACUGUGAUGGAACUCACACCUUUUUAGUAACUCAUACGCUCUAAAUUAAUUCUAGUAAACUUUCAAAAAAUAUUUUUUCCCUAGUAAAGGAUGUUUGUUUGUAGUAUUUGAAGUGGACAGAUGUGUGUUGGGUUAAAAUCUGCUGUAACUUCUUUGAUGUCAAUAAUAUAUUUUUUGUGUGUAUGUGAGAUUAUAAACCAUAAGCACACUAAACUACAAACAAAUGUAAUAAAGUCUUGUUUUAAUGUGA